AUGUCUCCUCUCCCCUCUCGUCCACGUCCACAGCCGCGUGCGCUCUUCCGUCCACAGCAAACUCGUACUUUCCUCGGCCUGCAACGGACUCCUGCGCCAAAGCCUCAGAUGAUGGGUUAUCUCGUUCUACAAGGAUUGGCAGUCGUCCUGCUUGCGGAUUUGACGUUUGCGACGGUGUCGGGCGAGACUACCACGAUCCGGUCUGUGGCGCAGAGUGCUGGCUUCUGGAAGGAGCAAGAGUUCGGGGAGGUUCAUGGGAAAGAGUUCGAGGAGAAGGAGACGGAGUGA